AUGUGUAACUCUGAUUCUCUUGAAACUCCUGAGCAUAUUCUCUUGCACUGUCAGUUUGCCAAAUCUGUUAGGUCUCUAACCCCAUAUGCUGACAUUAUUGAGCAUGAUAGUAACUCUUUAAUCAACCUACAAGAUUGGGUUGUCAAAUGGAUUUCUGACAACAGAUUGAAAGAUAAGGUUGUUGUUGUUUUCACUAUUGCUUGGAGUAUUUGGAAAGACAGAUGUUCUUGUGUCUUCCAAGGAAAAUCUUUAAACCACCAUGUUACAGCUAGACUAGCAGUGAAACUGGUCACAGACACUGAGACCUUUUUGGAUAAUGUUAUCUCACAAGAGUAUGUCCUUGCAGUCUCUACUGAAGAGAAAAAUCUUUCCAUGAUCACUAAUUCCUUGCCAGACGAUUGUGUGCUUGUUUUCAGUGAUGCUGCAUAUGAUAAAAAUACUAACUUGUCAGGUAUUGGUUUGAUUAUGUUAAAUAUUGCAGGUUCCUUCAUCGGAUGCAAACUCAAAGCUGGCUCAGUGAGGAAUGCGGAAGAAGCUGAAAGUCUAGCAUUACUAGAGGCAGUCACAUGGGCAAAAGCUAAAAGACUUGAGAAAGUGUGUGUUAUCAGUGAUGCUAAGACAGUAAUAGAUGCUUUUAAUUCCACUAGCAAUCAAAUAUUUUGGUAUAAUAAAUCAGUCUUAGAAGACUGUAAAACAAUUAGUUCUUGUGUUCAUUUGGUUAAGUUUGAAUUUCUUAAAAGAGACCAUAUAAUUCUAGCUGAUCAAGCAGCUAAGUUUAGUGGGAGGACUAGAACCUCAGGAGAAUGGAUGGGAAAUGUCCCUGAUUUUCUCAACUCUAAAAUGUAA